UCCUACCACAAAUCUCUCCGGGUGGUGUGUUGUUGGGUUUUAAAGACUAGGACGAGGGUUAGGAACUGGGCAAAGAAGGACACACACAACCACGCACAAUGAAGACUGUACUGAUAGUACUAGUGUUGGCUCUCUUGUCAGCAGCUUUAGGAGCAAAGCCUAAAACACGUUUUACACGCUACCGCUCAUGGAACUCAGGGAUAUAUCCAGUGUGGAAGGAUGGGGACUCCCGAUACAGAGACUGUUGGACUGGUGGAGAAGUUACAUUCGAUGUGAAAAAUGAUGCACCCACCCUGACUGGCGCAAAGGCAACCUUUAACAUCGACCUUCGCUUCCCAUCAAACCAGACAGUGCUUCCUGAUGGACAGGUGGUGUGGGCGCGUAACUGCACUGUCAAUGGAACACAGUACCGUCAAGGCCAGGCUGUGUAUCCCGACCAGGUUUCUGGUCCUUCAGGAGAGUACAGCGGAGUCUUCCCUGAUGGCACCCCCUUCAAUGGGACAGCAGACAGGAAACCACACUACGUGUUUGUGUGGAAGACAUGGGGACGUUACUGGCAGGUGGCGGAUGGGACCUCCUCCUCUCUCACCAUCGGCACGGACAAUGUGCCCCUGGGCUCUUACAACAUGGAGGUAGUCAUCUACCACUACCGUGGCAAGGACAAGUUCAUCCCUCUGGGCUAUGCCUCCACAACCUUCUCCAUCACAGACCAGAUCCCCUUCACAGUGUCGCUGACUCAAAUUAACGAUGUGAACGAGGCUGACCAGAGCUUCAUCCAGAAUCGGGCCAUUGCCUUUAGCAUCAGCCUCCACGACCCCAGCCAGUACCUCAGCGCCUCAGACGUCACCUUUAACUGGGACUUUGGUGACAACAGUGGCACCCUCAUCUCCAGGGAGCACCAGGUCACACAUACAUACCUCAACACCGGCACAUACAGGCCUCAGGUGGUCCUGAUGGCAAGCAUCCCCAAUGGCUGUGACACACCUGCAGACCCCACCGCUGCCAGCCCCACUGUGAUGCCUAUGGAUCCCUCCGGUGCUCCUGCCGUUGUUGUGGUGGUCUCUACCCCAAGGGCAGCUCCAGCUGACAUCGCCCUGGAUGUGCCUGCCUCUGACGUUGCCCCUGCUGAGGCUGCAGACACAGAUGCAGCUGACGCCGAUGCCGCAGACACAGAUGCAGCUGCAGCCGAAAACCCAGCCAUAGCUGAAAGCACAGACACAGCCGCAGCCGAAACUGCAGUCGAAGCCGGUGCCACAGCUGAAGCAGAACCCACAGCUGACGACGCAGCCGCAGCCGCAGAGGGAGUCGAGGUGGUUGCCUCAGUAGCAGAUGAUCCAGCCGUCAUCCCAGCAACAGAGGACCCUGCCUCUGUCCCUGCAGUAGAAGCCGAUGCCACAGCAGAAGGCACGGCUGCUGCAGCCAUUGAGGUCCCUGCCCCUGUGCCAGCUGUGGAGGGAGCCACAGCUGCCUCCGUCACCCCAGCAACUGAAGAGGCUACUGUUGAUGCUGAUGCAGUUGCAGCUGCCGAAACAGCAGUGGUAGAGGCGACGGCUGCAGAUAUGCCCGCCAUCAACGCUGCUGCUUCAGUUGCUCCAGUUGCAGAGGGAGAAGAGUCCACAGUGGACCUGCCGGCCACAGUCCUCCCAGAGGUCCCAGCUGUAGCCACCGUUACACCCGUGGAGGAGGCAACCGUAGCUGCCGAUGCUGAGGUGGUGGCUGAGGUUGCGGCUGCAACAGAGGUGGCCCAGGUCGAGACGGUGGCCCCUACUGCUAACGUCAUUGUUCUUGCCGCCACGGAGGCUGCAGCUGUGGUGGAGGUGGUGCCAGCUGAACUUGCUCUUGAGGCCGAGGCAGAGCUAGAAGCAGAGGUCGUAGAGACAGUGAAUGAGGUUGCAGCUGAUGCCACUGCAGCACCAGCAGCAGUGACUGCUCCAGUGGAGAGUGAGGUAGCAGCAGAGGCUGAGAUAGAGGCAGACACAGAGACACAGGUGGCUCUUGUUGUGGCUAAAAGACAGGCUCCUGAACUUACAGCGGCUGACAACUGUAUGAUAUACCGCUACGGCUCCUUCUCGACCGCCGUGGACGUUGUCCAGGGUAUUGAGAGUGUGGAGAUCACCCAGGUGGCCAACGUGGUGUCUCUGGCCACUGAGGUUGUGCAGAAUGCUGUGGACCUGACCAUCACCUGCCAGGGGAGCCUGCCCAAUGAAGUGUGCACCAUCAUCUCGGACGCAGACUGCAUCACGCCUGUGGAGACCAUCUGUAACAACGUGACACCCUCCCCAGAUUGUCAGAUGAUCAUUCGCCAGUUCUUCAACGACUCUGGAGUGUUCUGCAUCAACGUGUCCCUGACCAAUGAUGUUAGUCUGGCUGUGGCCAGUGCUAAAGUUAGUGUGACUGUGGGCUCCAACUCCUCCCCAACAGGCACUGUGGCCGCGGUUCUGGGUGUCAUGGUCCUUGUCUCUGUUGCUGGUGCCAUUGCUUUGACCUACAAGCGGUUUAACCAAUACCGUCCACUGAGGGAGGACUCAACUGGCGGCAGCAUGGGAAGCUCUGGAAACACGUCUGUGCCGAUGCUGCUGUGGAACCUUCUGAGCCGACAGUCACCAGGAGAAAGRAGCCCACUGCUUCAGGGAAGGGUGGUGUGAAAACUCAUAACCAUCUGCACUGAUAAAGCACACACUCAUGCAUGCAUGUUAACACUUAAAUAUCACUCAGACACACACAGCCACCCUAAUGCAGAGACAAAAUGCAACAAGAACAAGCAGUUGUAUUCUGUAUCGUUACACUGAAAGUAACUUUAAUAAAAAGUAUAAUGUUUUAGAAAUGUAUACAUUUUCAACACAGAACAAAAAAGAAACCCCAAAAGCCUAAAUAAAUGUGUUUGUUUCUCCCGUUGCAUCACUUGUGACAAAAUAUUAUAUUUAUUUUGACCCACAUACUUUUUUAUUUAAGAAAAGAAAAACUGAUGAACGUUUACAAAAAUGUAGCAAUUUAUGCUGUGCUUUUUCUGUUAUUACUCACUCUUCCUUAGAAUGUAAUCAUAACAAUGAAUGACUGCCUCUUGUAACCUUCCAACACAUACAUUUUCUUUGUUAACUGGUCUAAUUUGAAUUGCCCAAAAAAUCACAGCACUGUGAUAUAACAUAUAUAAUGUCACCCCAAAAAUAAGCAUUAAAAUGUAAAUUAUGUAAGAAUCUUCAACUACCGGUAUACCUUCACAUUUUCCUAGUCCUAUCUAAGCUUGCAUUCUUGCUUUUGUCCUCCAUGCCCUUACUAAACUAGUACUGAUUUUCCUGUCCAUAGAUCAAGAAAUGUAAGCGCGUUGAGUGGUUUAUUAUUGAUGUGAGUCUUGAAGUCUAUUCAGAAUUGAACUGUUUUGGGUGUUAUCGUUACAUUGCCACGAAUUAAGAGGAGGAACCCAUUCCUGAAGCAGAACAGAGGUUUGGCCACAGGGUGGCAUGGUAAAAGUACUGUAGCAUUGAAAGGAAUUGAGUGAAGUCUAAGGAAAAUAGAGGUAUUGAAGGAAAGUCCAUGCAAAUUAUAGGGCUCUAAUUGUCACCACAAUCAAUACUCAAUACUAAAGCUGUCUCUUCUUAUUGUAAACCAGUUGAUGUCGGAAGUAAGAUAUGAUUUACAUGAUUAAAUAUAAAGAACAAGCUAUUGCUUUUACGUUAUGUAUUUCAGAUAAAAAUGUAUAUAAAAAGAACCAUGGGGAAAAUGCAA